AUGCUUCCAACGCCAACGCUGGUGAUCCGAGACGAUGGCGACGACGACCCUCCAAGCACGUAUUGCACAAGUGCUGUGCCAGGACCAAACGGAGCGGUUCCUUGGGAUGCUUGCAAUUCCAACUACAACUUCUAUCCUAAGUUGGCGCCUGCCAUUGCAACAGCUUCAAUCUUUGGGGUUCUAACAUUGAUCCAUCUCAUCGAGGCGAUUUGGUACCGAAAGCCAUUCACAUGGACGGUUCUGAUGGCGGCAAGUUGGGAAAUGGGCGCCUUCAUCCUCCUCGCAUACGGCUCGCAAGAUCAACAAGCUCAAGGCUACGCUACAGGCCAUCAGGUCCUCUUUCUAUUGGCUCCAAUUUGGCUUAACGCCUUUGUCUACAUGACCUUUUCACGAAUGGUCUACUUCUUUCGACCAGGCGGAGAACCUCGAGUCUGCCAGAUUCCAGCAAGAUGGCUUGGUCGUAUUUUUGUCGUUGCCGAUAUCGCCACCUUCAUCGUACAGGCCACAGGAGGUAUCAUGGCUGGUCCGACAGUAGAGCCUAAUACGAGAGCGAAGGGUGUCAAGAUCUACAUCAUCGGCAUGGGUGUUCAAGAGGGCUUCAUUGUGGUGUUUUUGAUGUUGAUGGCUCGCUUCCAUUAUCGCGCCAUACAAAUGAACCGGGAUGAUGUUGAUGGACUUGAAGGUUCAUCCGAACGUGAAGACGAAGAGGGCUUUAUGCCGCGGCGGACCUGGAAGCCUCUUCAGUUUGCACUUUAUGCAGUGUUGCUUGCAAUCACGACACGCAUCAUCUUUCGCCUGGUCGAAUUCACCGGCGGCAUGACUCCCGAAGAGAACCCUGUACCUUACACAGAGGCAUAUUCAUAUGCCCUUGACGCUUUCCCAAUGAUGCUGGCUUUGCUUGUUUUAGCCAUCAUACACCCGGGUCGAGUUCUUCAGGGCACGAACAGCGAAUUCCCGAGAAAGGGUUGCCGACAGAAGCGCAAGGAGAAGAAGGAGGAAAAGGCGGUGAAGAAGGCAGCGAAGGAAGAGCGCAAGGCAGCCAAGGAGGAAAAGAAGAGGAUCAAGAACGAUCGGAAGAAGAUGAAGGCAUUUGGCGAGGAACCUGACUCGGAACGGGAUAGCUAUGGAAUGGGGCUGAUUGACGGGCAGAACCACGAGCCCAUGCGGUAUGCAGACUACGAUAGACCCUAG